AGAAACCGGUGCGCGAGGGUUAUUGCAAAAUGCCCCUGAAUCGGUCGCUUUGCAUCGUUAAGGUCAAUAGGCGCAAGCGAUUAUGUCUGAACCAUGGCUUUACCCCACUGUUUUACUGUGCAUUUAUGGAUUUUUCUCCAGCCACAGACCACUGGAGCCUUUUCUAACACCGUUUUUGAUGGGACCUGACAAAAACCUGACGGAGACAGAGGUUGUGAACGAGAUCUAUCCAUUAUGGACCUAUUCCUACCUUGUCCUGCUUUUUCCUGUUUUCCUGGCCACGGACUACCUUCGCUACAAGCCUGUGCUUAUUCUCCAGGCGACCAGCUUUAUAGUGACAUAUGCUAUGCUCAUGAAGGCCCAGGGUGUGCGGGCCAUGCAGUUAUUGGAGUUCUUUUUCGGUUUGGCCACUGCCACUGAAGUUGCAUACUACUCCUACAUCUACAGUGUUGUGGAGCCGUCUCAUUAUCAGAGGGUGACUGGUUUUUGUCGCAGCGUCACACUGUUGGGCUCGGCCAUUGGCUCACUCAUGGGACAGGUUCUGGUGUCUGUAGCCCAGGUACCUCUUUUUUACUUGAGCGUCAUCACACUGGUGUCCUCCUGCAUAGCUUUUGUUGCCCCUUGGUUCCUACACAUGCCCGUUAAGAGCCUGUUCUUUCAUGAGAGAGAGCAAAGCUCUCAGGAUGAAGCAGUUCUGGAACCCAUGAACCGUGGUCAGCUGAUCGAGAAGCCAGACGAUCCAGAGUCCAAAAUGCAGCUUAGUACAGAUGAAAAAAUGGCUCUCAGGGACAACACUAGCAGUAGUAGAUUACUGGAAGUGUUAAAAAUGCUCUGGGCAGACUUUCUGCAGUGUUACUCGUCCUCUACCCUACUGGCCUGGUCAGUGUGGUGGGCUUUGUCCACUUGUGGUUACUUCCAGGUGGUUAAUUACGCUCAAGCACUUUGGGAGAAAAUCUUGCCUUCCAAUGAUUUUGAGAUCUACAAUGGAUAUGUGGAGACCAUUUCUACCUUGCUUGGUGCUUUUGCUGCAUUUGUUGUAAGCUUUGUGAAAGUGUCUUGGACAGUGUGGGGAGAACUUGCUCUCUGCAUUUUUUCGUUGGUAAUUGCAGUGUGUGUGUUCCUCAUGGACACCGUCAGGAAUAUCUGGGUUUGCUACACUGCCUAUAUUAUCUUCAGAGCUACCUACAUGCUGCUUAUCACCAUAGCAACGUAUCAGAUUGCUGCUAACUUAAGCAUGAAACGAUAUGCUUUGGUUUUUGGAGUAAACACUUUCGUUGCACUCUUACUGCAGACGGUUCUUACAGUGAUUGUAGUAGAUUCUGCCGGACUGGGCCUGGAUAUUUUUCUACAGUUUUUGAUCUAUGCGAGUUACUUUGCUGCAGUAGCAGUGAUAUUCUUCAUUGCUGGGCUGUAUAAACUGUUCAAAAGAAGGAGAUCUGGAGGACCGAAUGAGUUACCCACAACAGAGUCGGUUCCAGAGGCAUGAAAUGCAAGGUUAUUAAGGAAUAAUCCUCUCUUCAACUGAACAGAACGUUUGUUUUGUUUUGUUUUUAUAUAAAAAAAAAGACAAGAAGCCUUUCCAAAUCAGUCACACUUGAUUGAUCCACCUUUAUAGAUUAUUAUAAGCACUGAUGAUUAUGAUGUUAUUAAUGAGUUCACAAAUAUACACCGUAAGUGGCCGUUGUGGGUCACAGGUUGUGUAGAACAAAAUGAACUUAUUUAACAGAAACCAGUAUGAUGCCUUAUUUUAUGGAUGUUACUUGAAACUAAAGCCCUAUUCGGACGGGAUUAGUUUUACAUGGAGCGGUGGGGUAAAGUAAUUAUUACCAGAGUUUCUCAUCGAUUUUAGUCCCAUUGGAAUGAAAUGUAAAGUAAUGUAAUUUUACCACAGGUUGUCUGUUAUAAUGGACAAUUUGCAUGGGAUAACAAAUCUCAGAAAACUAGCAGAAGUGGGAGGGGUACCUCGAUUUACACACCACCAUCCUGUCGUCAUGUGCCUAUUGCGUUGCUUCCUGGUAUCAUGUGUGCAAACAAAUAAUCUAUAUUUUUGUCCAGUCGAACGAUUUAUUAAUUAAAUCUAACUAAAAUUUAACUAAAUGGAUUAUGCUUUCGACCUUUUUGAUCGGAAUGGUAUGUGGAAAACAAGGUUUAUUUGUUUACUUUUUUGUAAAUUUAGUUCAACGAUUCAAAUAAAGCAUCCGAGUGCUGUAUGUAAUCUAUUACAAUAGAAUUACCCGAAUUCUCAAUAAAAUUUUAAAGUAGUUUUUCCAAGUAUGGAAGGCUUGAAAAAGCAUUCAGGUGCAAUUUAAUCGGUGGGACAAGUCUUUGGUAAAUCUCAUGUGUUUUCUGUGAGAGUUGCUGUGUGCUGAAAACGGAGAUGCACCUCGCCUGAAUUGUAACUGGGAGUAAGCGGCUGCAGUGAGGGAAGAAGUGAAAAAAGUGUAGCCAAGCCGAAUAGGGCUCUCUGUCCUGCACUGUCAGACAGAUUAGGAAUAUUCACGCAUAAUUUAUAGACUACACAUAAAAUCCAUGAUAUCAGAGUUUUAAAAUCAAACAUUUUAAAAGAGAAAGCAUCACAGUUGUCAUUAAGUUGUGUCAUUUCGCAUCGUUUUAAUAGCGCAGUCGGUGGAAAGCAAGUGCGCCUGACUGCAGAAUCCGACGCGGCCGUCGCAAGAGUUUUUUGAUAUGUCAACAUGACAUCAGAGCAAGGCGGUCCGCACUCGGACACAUUUCUAAGCGUUUUUUUUUAAAUAAACA